CAAAACCAAUUUUGACAAUUGAACAAACUAUUCUGCAUAUGAUGGCUCACACAAUGACACAAUGCUGACACAUUCUGGAGAUGACGACCAUUUGACUGAGAAUCAGCUAGAUCAGGAAUAUCUAUUCAUUUGGAAAAUGUGCUAAAUGUGAGUUAAUUGUGCUAACUUUAGGCUACUUGUACAUAACCAAAACAGAGAUGCAGUAAAACAAUUGAGACAUGUACUAAAGCAUCUGUAAUUUGAUGAAAGCAGUGAGAAAUGCCGUUCUGUUGUCAGCAGCUGAAGGUUACUUCUGGUAUUUGUCCAUGUUGUUUUGAGAAUGUCAUCUCGGUUUCAAGAAAUGAGCCAAACCAAUGGAGAAAAACUGUAACUAGACCUCGUUGUUCUCUGUAUAAUGACAAUAAAGCACGUUCUACUCUAUUCUUGGUUUGGAGCUGUGCUGCAGGUUUCUUCCAGCAAGUGGAGCUGCAGGAUUAACCAGAGUAACCAGGUUAACCAUCAUCAUCAUCAUCAUCAUUGUCGUCAUCGUGAAGUUAGGUUAACUGAGACUGAAAGAGGAAGACGAGGAGGAAACAAGACAGACGGCUGCAGGACGAAGAGCGACAGAAAACCAGAAACAGACGAUUAAACUGUCUGUCUGUCCACCUAUCUGUCUGUCUGUCUGUCUGCCUGCAGACAUGUCCUCCUGGGCUGACAGUAAGACAGCCUCCCAGUUUGCGUCUCUCACCUUGAGGUUGAAGGACAAGCUCCACUCACCGCGAAUAAGAGGCUCUGAGCGAAUCAAAACCACCGAAAGUCAAAGCGUCAAACCACCUGACCUGCACCUGCAGCAACACACGGUACACACACUGUGUGACAGUCUGAACACGACAUCACUGAGACAUCAUCAGCAGUGUGGGUUUCUGGGUAAUGCUGUUCAUGAAGGUUGUGUUUGUCAGUCGGAUGGUGUGUUGGUGGACCAGCAGCGGGCCGUCCUCAGCUCCCUGCAGUACUUCAAAGCCCUGGUGGACAGACUGGGAGUGGACAGACCCGGCCGGGACAAACUGGUCCUGGACCAGUCGGUGGUGGGCCGGCUGCUGGGCGGGGCGUCCUCUGGCGUCCUGGAGGCGGUCCAGACUCUGGUCCAGCUGGACCCACAUCUGCACAACAGUAAGACCAUCUCCGCCUGUCUCACACGUCUCUACGGCUCUCUGGCUCAGCUGAUUCGCUGGGCCGACCAGGUGAUGCUGCAGGGCAUCGCCCACGGCAACAAGGAGUCUACGGAGAGCGUCACCACGGUGAUCAGGGCCGUGCUGGAUGGCGUCAAGGAACUGGUUCGAUUGGUUGCAGAGAGGCAAGAUAGCUCCACCCCCUUGUCUCCUGUCCAAUCACAGCCUGCCAUGGGACAGUCAGACAACCAGGAGACACCUGACAGGACAUGGACAAACAGGGAGGAGGAGACAGUUUUAGCUCCGCCCAAACCUCCAAUGCCGCUCCCAGAGCCCCUCCCCCCAGGCCAGAGAAGCCACCAUGGAGACGAGAGCCUGAAGUGGACAGACAGGUGUUUGCACGUGAUUCACGUUUUUAUUUACACGUUACCAUGGAAACAUGUUUCUAUUUUACAUAGUCUAAUUGUCUUUUAUUUUGAAACUCAAACCAGCCCACGGACUGGUUUUUUCCAUGAACACACCUUCUGUUUAAUAAUGUGUGUGUGUGUGUGCGUGUUUUCAGGAGUGGUGAGGACGACAGUUUUGAAGCGACGCUCUGCUCAGAACAAACUCUGUGAGGACGAUCCGGAUUACGACUUCCUCCUCACAGACCUGUCGUCCUCGGAGACGCUGCCCCCUUUGGCCCCCACCCUGCCAGAGAAGAGACGACGCAGCACCACAGGAAUGAACCUCUCUCAGACCCUUCCCUCCUUUGGAUUUGACUCCGCCCCUCCGGGUCAGAGCCCCGCCCACAGUGAUGUCAGUGGUGAUGAUGAAGCUGGCUCCUCCCUUCUGUCCCCCAGCAAGACUCCGCCUCCUCCCGAGAAGAAGCGACACAUCCAUCAGUACCUCCAGUUCUGUUCGUCCUACUCCGACCAAUCAGCUGUCAGUUUCUAUCAGAGGUACAACAGCAGGCAGCGGGACCAGCUGUCAGACUCUCACCUGGACACAGACUCCGCCCCCUCACCUGAGCAGCACUCAGCUCCUGCUCUACCACCGAAGAAGAAGCAGCAGGAUUCAGCAGAUACACAACCUGAAGAUCACAGCACAGACAGAUUCCAGCAGGAUCCAGGAGGAGCAGCGAGGAGCAGAGAGGAGGAGGUAGAGGAGAUGAUCCUGACCAACCAGCAGGAAAUCCUCCACAGAAUCACCAUGAAGGCUGAGGAGGAGGAGGGGCCAGACGUGAAGGCAGCCUCUCCUGAGAUCCUAUUGGUCCACGCCACAGCAGCACCAGUAAGCAAGCAGGACCUGUACUGUGAAGCCUUCCUCUGCACCUACAGGAGCUUCAUCGGCCCCAAUGACGUCAUCAGCAAACUGCAGCACCGGUACAGACACCUGUGUGACACACAAGAACCUUCAGCCGCCAGAAACACCUUUCACCUGCUGGACAGAGUGGUGAACGAACUCUGCGACACAGAGCUGGAGUCUGAUUUGCUGUCGCUGCUGAUGGACCUGGUGUUCAGCCUGCUGAUUGGUGGAGAGCUGGGACACGCCCACCAACUGCACUCCAACAUCCUGUCCAAAAUGGAGAAGAGGUGGCAGCUGAUUGGCUCUCCUCAGUCACUCCGCCCACUUGCUGCCAAAGGUGUGGCAGCCAGACCAGGAACUCUUCUGGACUUCAGGAGUCAGGAUUUAGCUGAACAGCUGACCCUGCUGGACUCUGAGCUCUUCUACAAGAUCCAGCUUCCAGAGGUGCUGCUGUGGUCGAAGGAGCAGAAUGAGGAGAAGAGUCCAAACCUGACAGAGUUCACUCAACACUUCAACAACGUCUCCUUCUGGGUUCGUUCAGUCAUCAUCCUUCAGGACAAACCUCAGGACCGAGAGAAGCUGCUGCUCAAGUUCCUAAAGAUCAUGAAGAACCUGAGAAAGUUGAACAACUUUAACUCGUAUCUGUCCAUCCUGUCAGCACUUGACUCCGCCCCCCUGCGACGCCUAGACUGGCAGAGAAGCACCUCUGAGGCUCUGGAGGACUUCAGCUCUUUGAUCGACAGUUCGUCUUCUUUCAGAGCCUACAGAGCAGCUCUGGCUGAGGUGGAACCUCCCUGUAUACCCUACCUGGGUUUGAUUCUUCAGGACUUGACCUUCGUCCACCUGGGGAAUCCUGACACCUUGAUGACAUCACAGGGUUCAAAGGUGAACUUUUCCAAACGCUGGCAGCAGUUCAACAUCCUGGAUACUCUGAGGAGCUACCAGCAAGUACGCUACUCUCUGCAGCCUGACGAUGACAUCAUUUCCUUCUUCAAUGACUUCAGCGAUCACCUGGCGGAGGAGGCGCUGUGGGAACUCUCCCUCAGGAUUCGCCCAAAGAACGCUCCUCGAGCCAAUCAGAGAUGAGCCACGAAGACACAGCAGCGUGUCACACAGCUGCCGACCAAUCAGAGACACCUCCACAAGGUAGCAGCAUGAAGACCAGGACAGGAACUGAGCUAACCUGUGCUAACAGAUAGCUAACUUAGGUGGACAUGCCUACUGCUCACCUGAACAGGAACCAAACGGCACUGGAGGAUCCUCAAACAGCAGAAGUAUAAACCUUAAUCAUGUUAGCAGGAUGCUAACCUUCUAAAAGUCAUCAGGAGAGUUUCAAUAGAACCAACUGGACGUCUCUUCAGGUUUCACCUUCAAGGUUUUUCUUCAGUUCUAAGAGACUGAUGGGAAUUUCAGGUGUUUAAAGUCCCUCCAGCUCACCUGGAUAAUAUCCUGUUCAUGACCAGGUGUGCACUGACAGAACAGCAUCGACUAGCAUGGAGCUAGGUGUGUGUAAAAGUGCUAGCUGGUGUUAGCCUGGUGCUAGCUGGUGUUAGCCAGUAGCCUGAUGAGUGGUGCUAGCUAGUGUUAGCCAGGGUUAGCUAGUAGCCUGAUGAGUGGUGCUGCAGGUGAACUCCUCUCUGGGAUCAUCGAUCAGUCAGAACUGAGGAAGAACCUUGAAGAAGGUGCAGAAUCUUCAGGAACUAAUCAAAGAAGCCGGUUACCAUCUGCUGAUGACAGUUUAAUUCGUCUACUUUCACCUGAUUGGUUGAAGUAGAAAAUUUUAGUAAUAAAUCUCAGCUUUCCA